AUGCAAUUUCUUGUUACAUCUCUCAAGCAGAUUAUCAAUGCGCUUUAUAGCCAGGGGUCUCCCUUGAAGCUGUCUGCAAUCCGCUACAGCAAUCUUUCUUCACGCAAACUAUUUCCUCUCGUUGCUGGCCUUUUAACAGAAAUACCAGAGGUGGACUUCAAAGACAUUUUACUUACGAUACGUCUAUCAACAUCGAUCUAUGGAAAGGAGAUGUGCCACUUUCUGCACGACAGCAGGUACUUUCUAUCUCGCUUCUGGGCCUGGUUCUAUUCGUAUUGUCCUAAUUUGAUAAGACAGUUUUCAUGUUCAGUCACUAAUGCAGAACGCAAGAUUCUUGCAGACAUGGUAGCAAUUGUGAAGGGAUCUCUGGACGAUGUCUUAUUCUUCAAUCUCAAGAACAAAGAUAUGUACCAGCCCUGUUGGGUCGUAAUGCGACAGCCAGGGGUGCAAAGACUCGUGAUAAUUGCACGGGGGACUCUGUCUCUCCUUGACGGCUUUACUGACAUAGACGCCUCCAGUGAGCCGCUGUCCAACUGCUUCCCGGAGCUUACUUCGGCACCGAACUUCUAUGUACACCGCGGUGUCCUGCAAGCCACCAUCUGGAUGUAUAAUUCUAUUGUCCCGUGUCUCCAUGCUUGGAUCGAUUCAGAACUGGCCUCCAGCAGAGCUGCCAAGCAAAGCCCUGAGACCGAUACUGCUGGCUUCUCGCUACUGCUUUCCGGACACUCUUUGGGUAGCGCAGUGACUGUUCUGCUCGGAGCCCUUCUGCUCUUGAAACACCCUGAUCGUUGGACGACAAGGAACAUACAGUGCAUCGGAUAUGGGUGCCCGCCUAUCUCAAAUGCUGCCUUCAGCGAUUGGACAAAGGACUGGCUUACCAUGUUCAUAUACGAUAUGGACAUUGUCCCUAGACUAGGUGACCACUCGCUGCGUGUGCGGGCACGCAGAGCCGCAACGUAUAAGGGAAACAUUGAGACUCUUGAAUCCGCCAACAGCAUCAGUCGUACUUUGAUGAUGAGCAACUCACUAAUACUAUCUGGAAAUGUCUAUCUGAUUCAGCCAACCAGUGGCUACAGGCGUUACGGCUUUUGUAUGCCAAAACCAAUCUACAGCGCCAGCUCUAUCAUCGGAGAAACAAGCCUGAGUUCUUUGACCAAAGUCCUUGAUGCGUCAGACGUCUAUAGUGAUGCAUACUAUCAUUCGCCUCAUAACGGGAUUGUCAAAGAGUUUGAGAAUCGGCUGUACUUCGUUACCCCAAUUGAUCCACAUGAUUUUUCCGAGACUAUGCUCAGCGAGGCUGCGCUUUAUGACCACCUUUGUUACAGCAGCAUAAUCCCUCAUAUGUUCGACAGACGUAGCGACCCUCCUUUAUAG